AAUCAUUAAAAUUGAAUUCGAUAUGGAAAAUGAAAAAAGAAUAAAUCGUUGGUAUUUCGGUGGUAUAUCAAGUGCUACAGCGGUGAGCGUUACACAUCCGUUGGACUUGAUAAAAGUCCAUUUGCAAACUCAACAACUGCCCAGAAAGACAUUAGUUGAAACAAUAGGUCAUAUUUAUGCUGCAGGAGGUUUAAAGGGAUUUUAUCGCGGCAUGUCAGCAUCUCUUUUGCGACAACUAACCUACACUACUACACGUUUUGGUAUCUAUGAAUCGGGUAAACAAUAUAUUGAUUUCCGUAAUAUAGGUCAAACAUUAGCUUUAGCCACUACGGCUGGUUUUUGCGGGGGUGUAGUUGGUGUACCGACCGAUAUGGUGAAUGUUAGAAUGCAAAAUGAUUCAAAACUACCAAAAGAAAAACAAAGAGGUUACAAACAUGUAUUUGAUGGUUUGUAUCGUGUAACGAAGGAGGAGGGUGUUCAAGCACUUUUCAGAGGUGGUUCAGCUGCCGUCUUACGGGGUGUAAUGAUGACGAUUGGACAAAAUGCGGUCUAUGACUAUUUAAAAUGUUUUCUAUUGAAAACCAAGUAUUUUAAAGACAAUUCUCUUACCCAUUUUCUUACCUCUCUUAUAUCGGGAGGAGUUGGAACUCUGUGUACACAGCCGCUGGAUGUGAUGAAGACUCGUCUUAUGAAUGCAAAACCCGGUCAAUAUUCUGGUCUGUUGGCUGUAGCCAAGGAUAUAUCAAGCGUUGGACCUAUUGGAUUUUUCAAGGGUUUUAUUCCGGCGUUUGCGCGCAUUGGUCCACAUACAAUAUUAACGUUUCUUUUGAUGGAACAAUUGCGUUUACAUUUUGGUUAUUUUCCACCGACUGCUUCAGCAUAGGUUACAAUUUUAAUG